AUGGGAUUGUUGCCACGUGGGCAAAAACUUCGUCCUCUAGUGAGCGAGUUUGGUCACUAUGUUCAAUUUGCGAUCAAGCCUGACAUGGAUGCUAAAAUCAUUUUACAAGACCUGGUCAAAGGAGCCAGAAUCACUGACCGCAAACUUUUGACAGGGGGUGACAUGCGGGUUUCCGGGCGAGUGAAUGCAUCUUUACAAUAUUUAGGACUUCAAGAAGUUCCAGAAAGCAUGAAGGUAGAGCUGAUCACCAUCGGCAUCCCAAGAGAACCUUGGGAUUUUGUACACCAAGCUGCCUUGGUAGGACACCCACGCUUCCUACCCUAUGCUGGGAGCCCGCAUUUGGACACUCUUUUGAAGGCAAAUUUGGGACAGAACUGGAAAGACUUGGAACGACACAGACUCUCCUUUUUCAAGCGAUGGCUGGCUCGAGCAAAAGAACUUGAGGUGGAUGAACGCAACCUCAAAGAGCAACUGAAUGAACACGCUUUGCUGCGGUCGUCGUUGGGGCUACAGGAAGCGGUUCUUCAAAAGGUUUGGUGCAGUGCUUUCUUCGAUGAUUUCCCCACCAUGUCGGUGGCUGCGCUGUCAAAAUCAACAGAUCAGUGCGUGGGGCUGCUUUUUGACAUGCUCGGCAUCCAGUUUGCAAAGGAAGGAAAGAAAAGCCAAGCCUUCGGGCCAGAGAUGAAAGCCUUGGGUUUAAUAUUUGACUUGUCGCAAUUUGAUGAAGGGGUGGUAUACAUCAAACACACCCCUGAACGGAGAGCAGAGCUUCUUGCAAAGAUCAACAGCAUACUGGAACAAGACUCCCUCACCCCGAAGGAGGCUGAGUCAUUCAGAGGGCGUAUUCAAUGGUUUGAGUCUUACCUUUUUGGGCGUAUAGCCAACCUCUCUAUACACCGUAUUGGCAAGAGAGCGCAACAGAAGGGGUCCAAAACCAAGAGCAAACUUGAUGAUGAGCUGCGCUCCUCCUUGAUUUUCUUGCGUACAAGAGUCCAGACCGGCUCACCCCUUCUUUUGACAGCUGAAACGGAGGACUCAGUUUUGAUAUUUACAGAUGGAGCUUUUGAUGCAGAAAAUUUGAAGGGUUCAGUUGGUGGAGUGCUUCUUGAUCACAAGGGCAGACCCUUGCGCUUCUUCAGUGAAAACCUUCCAGCCUUGGUGAUGAAGCGUUUUCUGGAGGUUUCUGAUAACCCUAUUUAUCUCAUUGAACUUUUGGCCGGCUACAUAGCGGCGUUCCUUUGGGGAGGCUUAACGACUGGCAGAUACGUUGUCAUGUACAUCGACAAUGAAGCAUCACGCUUGGCUUUAAUUAAAGCCUACUCCUCAACACCGAUGGGAAAUGUCAUUGUCCAGAUGUUUGUAUCCAGCGAAGACUCAUCCCAAUGGAAAGUUUGGUUUGGUCGUGUCUGCAGCUACUCUAACAUAGCAGAUGCCCCGAGUCGCAUGGAAGUUCAAGACUUGGUGACUCGUGGUGCAAUGCAAGACAAAUGUGCCUGGGAUGUGAUCCUGCUCAAACUUGAAGAGACUGAGCACAAUUUGGGAUUGGGGUGA